AUGAGCGAGCCGGGCGGUAAGCCGACGGGGGGCUCCCGCCGUGCUCCCCGACGAGGCUUCGAGGUUUAUUCCCGGCGCGCCGCCGAGGCCGCCAAGACCGCCGCCGCCGCUGGCGGCGGCGGCGGCGACGGUCAUGACACGACGAGGGGCCGUGCCCUCUGGGAAGACGAGCGGGAGGCGGCCCGGCUCCCCAAGGGAGACAAGGAGUGGAAGCGCGACAGGGGAGCGAAAGGGGCCAGAAGAGGCGCCGGCGCCGGCGCCGGCGGGACGGCGGUGGACGCGGACGUGCCGUCGGAAGAGAGGUACGAGGACAUGUCGAGGAGGGUGGAGGAGGAGGUCGUGGCGAAGCUGGCGCGCGCGCAGAUGAUGGGCAUGAUGCUCAAGGCUCACCGCGAGCAAGAGCAGGCCACCGAAAGACGUCGCGGCGGUGGCGGAGGGCGUCGAAGAGACGGUGAUAGCGGCAGCGGCGGCGGCAGGCGGUCACGCGGCGCCGGCGCCGGUGGCGCCGGCGGUGGGACCGACUCCGCUGGCCCCCGGCAGGUCUUACAGCGGCCGAAGGAUUCCGGACGGCAGCGUCCGGGCCAGGCCGCUCCGUCGCCGUCUGCCCGGGGAGCAGUCGUGGUGGGGAGAGACGUCAGGGUUGGCGCGCCGAGCCAGGCGCGGUCCGGUGCCGGAGCGACUCCUCGAAGCGGCGGCGGCCGCGGUGCCCGUCAGCAACCGGCGGGGCUCCUCAAGGUGUCCGCCGAGGAGCUACUGUUGUCCGAGGGCAAGAGUCGUGGAGCUGCGACGGCGGCGGCGGCGGCGGCGACACGGGCGUUACCUGGAGACUUGGGCGGCGACCCCGACGAGAUGGGCAUCGAGGACGCCUAUGCGAUGGUAAGCGGCAUCGAGCGGCAGCACAAGACCCUGCUCGAAAGCCUUCGCCGGGAGAUCGGUCUCGUCGCGGCCGGCCGCCCGGGAGCAGCUCAGGCUACCUCCGGCUCCGCGGCGGUCGGGGAGGCGGCGGCGGCGGCGGCGGCGGCGGCCAUGGCAUCGUCAUCGAGGGCCGCCGGGGGCGAGCUGCUCCCCGGCGCCGCGCUCUACGGCAAAGUCUCUCGAGUACGAGUCGCGUUGAGUCGGGCGCUCGGCUCGCUCAUCCGGCGGGACCCGGGCUUUUCGCUGAGGAAGCGCCUGCCGAACCGUCUCUGGAUGGCGCACUACCGCGAGCUGGAGGUGAUCCAGCAAAGGCUCCGGCAGCUGCUCACGGGCGCGGGCGGGGCGUCGGACACCGCCGGCGCGUCGCAGCAGCAGAGGCAGAAGCAACCGCAGGCCCUCCGCUCCCGGCUGUUCGCUCUCGUCGACGAGGCCGAACGGGAUAUCGGCGGCAUGGUGGAGGCGGUGGAGCGGCAGCAGGCGGCCGCCGCCGCCGACUCGGCGAGAAACAAGGGAUCGGCGGCGGCGUCACCAUCGUCAUCACCAUCGUCAUCAUCUUCCAACGGAGGUCACAAGGCCAACGCCGACAAGACCGAUGCCGGAGCGGCCUCCGGAGAUACCGGCGGCGGCGGCGGCAGCGCGGACGGAGGGAUGGCGGGCUCGAUGGCCGACAGCGACGACGAAGACGACGAGGACAUGACGCUCGAGGAGCGAGGACGCCAGCAGGCCCUGCAGGCGUUCUUGACCAGCCUCGGCGAUCUGUCGCGCUACCGGGGGUUGCACGGUCGUGGUGACUCGGAGGGCAGCGGCGGCAAGGGAAGCAAGGCGUCCUAUGCGCGAGCGCACGAGCUGUACCUGCGUGCCCUCAAGGUCGACCCUUCUUCAGGAAAGGUGUGGAACCAAAUGGCGGUGCUGGCCUCCUCCCGCCAGGACAAUUUGGAGGCGUUUUACGCGUACCUGAGGGGUCUCUGCGCAGCCGUGCCCCACACCGCCGGGAGGGAGAGCCUCCUGGUACUGCACGAAAAGUGCAAGGCGAGGCUUUCCACCCUGAGGGAGGCGACGGCUCUCGACGCCAUCGGCUUCGAGGAGCACGAGGCGAGGUUCAGGCUGUACCUCCUUGGUGCGUGCGGGACGUGUCUGUCGAGGGUCGACCUCGGGACGUUUGAUGGGUAUCUCGUGCUCUCGGACAGGCACAUGGUGAGCUGCGUGCAGCUGCACCUCAUGAAAGCGGCGGCGGAGGCCGGCGGUGGCGGCGGCGGCCGCGGCGACGGCACACAAGACCCGGGGGGUGAGCAGGGCCUUGGGGGAACGCUGGCGCGCUCCAUCGUCAUGUGCGUCUGCACCGUGUCGGCUUCGAUGGAGUCAAGUGGCAUGAAAGGCGGUAGCUGGACCGAGGACGGGGCGACCUCCCGCGCGGUCCGCCUGUGCCUGUCGCUGGCGGGAUCCCUCGCUGGGCUCCACCGCAAGACAAGCCAACGCGGGUGGGAGAAGGUGACGGCCGCAGGGGUCGGCGUGUUCCUCGACUGGCUCACGUGCAAGCCGCAGUUCGGGGAGGGCGCGAGGGGCACGAGGCCGGAGGAGUUCCAGCGAGUCAUGGCGUGCGUUGUGGAGUUCGCGAACGGGAUCAUUCGGGCGUCAUCUGCGUCCGGCGGGGGCAGCGGCAAAGGCGUGAGCGACGACGCGUUUAGCUCUGCUCCCAGGCGGCGGCGGCGGCCAGGGGGUGCGGGGGAUGGAGCCGAUGAUGGGGAGCAGCCGGAGAUUGACCCUGAUUCAACGUUGUGGGAAGACGAGGUGUGCCGCGGUCUCCCUGCCUUAGAAACCGUCUCCCGGCGCCGCACGGCGAAGGCUAGAAAGAGGGCGAGAGAUCCUCCGCGGGGAAGCGAUGAAACGAGAACCGACAACGGCGGCCAUGAUGGUGGCAGCAGCGGUAGCGAUAGCGGUGGCGCCGGCGCGGCCGGGCGGCCUGGGUCCAAGCUGUGGGCGGACACGAGCUCGGACAGGGUCGAGAAGGACCGUUCGGGGAAAGAGAGGGAGGGAGGGAGUAGGCCAUCGUCGUCGUCAUCAUCGUCUUCCGCAGCGGACGUUUGGAAGAUCCGCGUCGCGCGCCUCAGAAAGCAGGUGGAGUUUUGCGUGGAGCGGGGCUGGAUAGCGAGGGGCAACCGCCCGGGCACGUACACCCUGCCCAAGCCGCCGCCGCGGUUCGGCGGCUCCUCCGGCCCUCCCCGGGACGACGAAAACCUCCCGUCGGAGGAACACCAUCACCACUCGCAAGACGGCGACGGCGGCGGCAUGCCGCCGCCGCCGCCGAUUGCCGUCGAAGAUUUCCCGGAAGGGGGGUUCGCAGGCGAAGGUUACGGCGGGGGGGGUGUCGUCGGUUUCCCGACAGACAGGCUGCCGCCGCCGCUGGCGGAUGCUGCUAGGGGCCGCGGGGCACCCGGCGGCGGCACCUCGGGCGGCGGCACGCUCUGGGUGGAGGCCGAUGCAGGCAGCAGCGGGACUGCGGCGCGAGGUGGAGGCGGCGGCGGCGGCAGCGGUGCACCAAGGACGCGCGCCAGACAGCCGCCGCGUGUUCCGGUUGUCCCUCCAGGGCAUCAACGCAAUUACGUGUUGACGGGGGCGGGGGGCGGGGACAGGGGCGGCGGCGGCGACGGUGGACCAGGUCUACUCACCGGCGGCGGCGGCGGCGGCGGCGGCGGCGACGGCGGAAGAGGCGAUCACCCCCUGCCGGACUCGGUGCUCGAAGUCGUCCUCGCCGGCCUCGGGUCGCCGAAUGACGAUGGGGAGGAGCUUCUCCUGUGCGCAUACUGCUGCGCGACUCUGAGCCCGGCCGCAACGGAGUGCGGCGUUUGCGGGGCUCCGACUCCGGCGGCGGCGGCGGUGGCUGCUGCGGCGGCGGAGACGAUGCCGACAUGCAAGUGGAAAGCCUACCGCCUGGCCGAAGACGGGCGCCCUUACUACAGCGACGGCGAGUCCUCGGUGUGGGUCAAGCCCAAGGAGCUGGAGGAUUACGAGGCAGCACUGGCCGCGAACGGGGCAGCGGCGGCGGCGGCGGCGGCGGCGGUAGGGGGCGGGGGUAGUGGUGGGGCGCUCCCUGCAGGGGUGCUGGCCGUCGGCGACUUGGCAGAGGUGAUGGCGAGGUCGAAACCGUCGCUUCCGGGGACAACGGCAGCGUCAGGCGCCGGGCGCGGCGGCGGUGGGCGCAGCGGUCGAGGCGCUGGGCGGGACGCCCACAACCCGGCGAAGAUCGCACGUGCAGGCCUUGGCGACGGCGGCGCCGGCGGCAGCGGCAGGUCCCCGAGCGCUGGCGCCGCCGCUGGCGGGGGGGGGGCGAUGUUCGGGUGGCCCCGGGGUGCGCCGAGAUCGGCGCUGCCCUUGGUGGUGAUAGACGUGCCGAACGUGGCGAUGCGGCACGGGCUCAACAAGAAGUUUUCCUGCACGGGUGUGCAGAUGGCCGUCGAGUACUUUCGGACGGCGGGUCACCGCGUCCUGGGGUUUCUGCCCGACUACUACCUGGACUUGAAGCGGACGAACGGGUUGGAGAGGGCCAAGAAGCUAGGCGUCGCGGAUGUGAAGGCUUCCCGUCUCCCAGAUGACGUUCAGCUGCUGCAGCGCCUUGUGGAUGAUGGGCUGAUCGUGUCCACACCGCCGCAGGACUACGACGACUCGUACUGCAUCAAGUACGCCAUGGCCAGGGACGGGUAUGUGGUGACGAACGACCUCUAUCGCGACCACGUGAAAGGCAUCGAAGGCCGAAAGAAGGCGGACGCGGCCCGGCGCUGGAUCAAGGCCCACUCCAUCUCGUACACCUUUGUGGGGGACGAGUUCUUCCCCAACCCGGACUUUUCCUUCCACCAGGACGGUAACGGUGGUGGCGGCGGCGGGAAAGGUUAG